AUGAAAUUCACCUCUUUGCUUGCCGUCGCCGCUGCUGUCUCUGCUGCUCCUGCCUCAUUUUUCUGGGAAGAGCGUACCAAUGCUACUGCUGUCGUGAACAGGGUCACUUGGACUGAGACAUGGGAUACUUCUUUCGAGAUUGACGACUCCUGUUCUCCUGUGGAACAGAAUCAAUUGAGACAGGCCUUCGAAGAGACGAAGCUCUUGGCCAACCAUGCCAAACUUCAUACUCUUCGUAACGGUAACUCCUCUGAGUUUUACAGAAAAUACUUCGGUAACGCUCCUAUUGGAGAGGUUGUGGGCAACUACGAAGCUAUCGUCUCGGCGAACACCACUGGAAUACUUUUCCGUUGCGACGACCCUGAUGAAAAAUGCUACCAGGACGGCUGGGCUGGUUACUGGAGAGGAGCUAACAAUAGCGAUGAGACCAACAUCUGUCCUCUCUCCUACACUAGCAGAUUGUGGUUGUCUCAAUUGUGCUCCCAGAACUUCUCGGUCGCCUACUCCAAGAACUCCGAAAUUUUUGCUGCAGACAUUCUUCACAGAUUGUGGCACACUGACAAGUUGGGUCAGGGCGUCAUUGGCCACUAUGCUGAUACUUACGAUGAGUGCUUGGACUUGGCUAAAACCAACGAGUCGGAAGCCGUUCGUAACUCGGCCACUUUGAGACUAUUUGCUUUGGACGUCUAUGCUUACGACAUUGCCGUUCCAGGUGAUGGUUGCACUGAGCCUUUGGAGGACGAACUGUUGCCACCUUCCCUGUCCUCCCUGUCUACCCUGUCUUCAAAGACUGACUCUGCUACUACCACCAACGCUGAUGCAUGCCACACUCAUGCUGAUGGCGAGGUUCACUGCGAGUAG